UUAAUUCAAUUCAAUUCAAUUCAAUUCAAUUCAAUUCAAUGUAAUUUAAUUAUUUCUUUCUUCUGCUCACAGAGGUUCCCGACUGAUAAAGCGUACUUCAUCGCCAAAGAGCUCUUGACCACAGAGAGGACGUAUCUGAAGGAUCUGGAGGUCAUUACUGUGUCCUUUCAGAAGUCUGUAGGGAAGGAUGAAGCCUUUCCGGAUUCCUUGAGGAAUCUCAUAUUUGCCAAUUUUGAACCGGUGUACAAAUUUCACGAGACCUUUCUGAAAGACGUGGAGCAGCGACUGGCUCAGUGGGAAGGCAGAUCAAACGCACACAUCAAAGGAGACUACCAGCGUAUUGGAGAUGUCAUGCUGAAGAAUAUCCAGGGUUUGAAGCUGCUGACGGCUAAUUUUCAGAAGCAUUCGGAAGCGUUGCUGGAGCUGGAGAGGAUGUGUCGCUCGUCCCGGAAGCUGGAGGGUCUGUGUCGAGACUUUGAGCUGCAGAAGGUCUGUUACCUGCCGCUCAACAUCUUCUUCCUGCGGCCGCUGCACCGCCUCAUGCACUACAAACAGAUCCUCGAGCGACUCUGCAAACACUAUCCACCGACACAUGACGACUUCAGAGACUCGCGAGCUGCGCUUGCUGAUGUUUCUGAGAUGGUUGUGCAGCUUCACGGCACCCUCAUUAAGAUGGAGAACUUCCAGAAGCUUCUAGAGCUCAAGAAAGACCUCACUGGCAUCGACAAUCUUGCACUUCCUGGACGGGAGUUUAUCAGACUUGGUUGUCUCAGCAAACUCUCUGGAAAAGGUCUUCAGCAGAGAAUGUUCUUCUUGUUCAAUGAUGUUCUGAUGUACACGAGUCGAGGGAUGACGGCUUCCAAUCAGUUCAAAGUGCAUGGCCAGCUUCCUCUGUACGGCAUGACGAUCCGUGAAAGUGAGGAUGAAUGGGGCGUCCCACAUUCCUUCACUCUGUUUGGACAGAGACAGUCCGUCGUGGUGGCUGCCAGUUCAGCGUCUGAGAUGGAGAAGUGGGUGGAGGACAUCAAGAUGGCCAUUGAACUGGCAGACAAAUGCAAUGGCCCCUCGGCUGAGAUCCUGUCCAGCAGUUUCACUGACAGCAAAUCCCCUGAGGAAUCUAGCGCUGACCAGGAAUCAGAAGAUGACCUGAGUGCCUCACGGACAUCUCUCGAGCGGCAGACGCCUCACCGUGGUAACACCACGGUUCACGUGUGCUGGCAUCGCAACACCAGCGUGUCCAUGGUGGAUUUUAGCGUAGCGUUAGAGAAUCAGCUGUCUGGGAAUCUGCUGAGAAAGUUCAAAAACAGCAACGGUUGGCAGAAGUUAUGGGUGGUCUUCACCAACUUCAGUCUGUUCUUCUACAAAACACACCAGGAUGAAUAUCCUCUGGCCAGCCUUCCUCUGCUGGGAUACUCCAUCACCAUUCCCUCGGAGUCUGAGAACAUCCACAAAGACUACGUCUUCAAGCUCCAUUUCAAAUCACACGUCUACUAUUUCAGAUCUGAGAGCGAGUACACGUUUGAGAGGUGGAUGGAGGUGAUCCGCAGCGCCACCUGCUCCUCCAGUCACAUCCGCUCACUGAGCCGCAAAGAGCCGCACGUCUACUGACCAAAGACCCUCGACAGUCUGCCUGAACACACACACACACGUCAGGUUCUCUAUCAGGUCCUCUCAACACACUAACAUGUUUCUUAUGGAAGUUUUUUUGUGUGCUAUAUCGUUGUUUCACUUUAUUGAAAAAUUUAGAAGGCUUUGAAUGGGUUUAGAUGUGAAGUUUUGAAAGUACAGUAGCUACACGAGAAUAUGGAUUCAGUGCCAGGAAAUACACACAUUAUCAUAACAUCAGGUCAAAGGGAAACACUUCCAGUUUUACAGUUCAUUUUAAAUUUACAAAAGACACAAAAUCCUUGUAAUUAAACAACAGUCCUCGUUCAUGAAAUGCAAGAAAUUAUUUGUGUAAAUCAUUUGUAAAAUUUGUAAGAAUGCUUUAUUGAAUUGAAUGCAGUGGUUAUGUUGAAUGCGAUGAUUUAUUCUUUUGAAUGUUUUAUUGAUUUGUAUAUGAGAGUGUUCUGUAAAUGGUUUAUUGAAGGCUUUAGUGAACGUGAGACUGGUUAUGUUGAAUUGAAUGUGACGUUUAAUCUGAGAAUGGUUUUACGAACAAUUUACACAUGAAUUUCUUCUGUUGGUGUUUCAUGAAUGAGGCCUAAUGCCUGGAAAGGUUGUCAGUGAAACAUCUCUGGACUGUUUUUAAAUGUAGUAAGUCUACGCUUUUAUUACUGACUUCUGGUCUGAUGUUUUUAAAUGGUUUUUGUCUACAUCUCAGUAAAAAAACAAAAAAAACAAUGUGCAGGUCAUAUUUCACUCCAGAAUUGCUUGGAGAAGAAAAAAAAAAAAAA